GUCUUCCAAGCAGCUCAAAAACCUUGAAUUUUUCCCCCAUUUCUCAACAAACCGAUAAAAACCGAAAAAUUCGAUCUGGUCUCGCUAUAAAUUUCGUUCUGAUGUCGUUGUUCUUAUACUAUCCACGGUUUCAAAACCCUAAUUCCUAAGAUUUUUUGCUGCACGAUUUUUUCUGAUCAUCUGUUUUUCGCCGCAGAACCGGAACAAACGUCGACGUUUUCCGCGUUUAGAUUGAUCAGAUCUCCGAUUUCCUUCUGUUUGUAUUAUACGCGCACCCUUUUGUUCGUCUUGAUUUAGUGGUAAUGAUCUUCUCGAAGCUUGCUCGCUCAGCUGCGCGAUCCUCUCCUUCUAGGUGAACCAGGGUUCGUUGUAUAGUGGUGGUGUGAGAUCGGCGAUUCUGAACGAGGUGAAGCUGCAACAGCUGCCGGGUCUGGAGGUGGCGGUCAAUCAGGUGGACGGCGGAUUAGUGUUUCUGAGACAGCAAUUUGCUUCUUUGGCAUCUCGGAAGGGCUUGAUUACCAGUGAUCUGAGUGGUGUUCUUGCUAACCCUAGAAUUCGUCGGUUGUUCUCUAGUGAAGCCCCUAAGAAGAAGAAUUAUGAGAACUACUACGCGAAAGAGGCAAAGCAAACCCCCAAGAAUGAACAGAAAUCAGAGUCUAAAGAGGAUUCUAAAAAGACCGAGCAUGAGAAUUUUGGGGAUAUGUUCAUGAAGAAGUUCCAAAAUAUGUUAAUUCCUCUCUUGGCCAUCGGCCUGAUCCUUUCUUCGUUCUCCUUUGAUUCCGUGGAACGACAAAAGAUUAGUUUCCAGGAAUUCAGGAACAAACUUCUUGAGCCUGGCCUAGUGGACCGCAUUGAAGUCGAAAAUAAAUCAGUAGCAAAAAUCUAUGUGAGGAGCUCACCCAAAAAUCAAACAACUGAAGAUGUUGUCCAAGGUCUUGGUAAUGGAAUUCCUGCUAAAGGUCAUGGCGGUCAGUAUAAGUACUACUUUAAUAUUGGGAACGUCGAAUCUUUUGAGGAGAGACUCGAAGAAGCCCAAGAAGCAUUAGGCAUCAAUCCUCACGACUAUGUCCCUGUCACCUAUGUCUCUGAAGUCUGGCUCCACGAUCUGUUGGGCCUUGCACCAUAUUUACUACUCUUUGCAGCGCUUGUUUAUACCACAAGACAGAUACGUUCGCUUGGUGUUGGAGGAACUGGUGGGAAGGGUGGUCGUGGAAUUUUCAGCAUAGGGAAAGCUCAGAUAACAAAAGUGGAUAAGAACUCUAAGAAUAAGAUCUAUUUUAAAGAUGUUGCUGGCUGUGAAGAAGCAAAACAAGAAAUUAUGGAGUUUGUGCAUUUCCUUAAAAACCCAAAGAAAUAUGAAGAUUUGGGAGCAAAGAUUCCAAAAGGUGCGCUUUUAGUUGGCCCACCAGGUACUGGGAAGACCCUCCUAGCUAAAGCUACAGCUGGGGAAUCGGGUGUUCCUUUCCUGUCGAUAUCUGGUUCAGAUUUCAUGGAGAUGUUUGUUGGUGUUGGACCAUCCAGGGUAAGAAACUUGUUCCAAGAGGCUCGACAACAUGCCCCUAGCAUUGUAUUUAUCGAUGAGAUUGAUGCGAUUGGACGAGCUCGAGGCCGUGGGGGUUUCUCAGGUGGAAAUGAUGAACGUGAAAGCACCCUUAAUCAGCUUCUAGUGGAAAUGGAUGGUUUUGGUACCACUUCUGGUGUUGUCGUACUUGCUGGAACCAACAGGCCCGAUAUCCUGGAUAAAGCUUUACUCCGGCCUGGUCGAUUCGACCGUCAGAUCACCAUUGACAAACCCGAUAUUAAAGGCCGAGAGCAGAUAUUCCAGGUAUACUUGAAGAAGAUAAAACUCGAUCACGAACCAUCUUAUUACUCACAAAGGCUUUCAGCUCUCACCCCUGGAUUUGCUGGAGCUGACAUCGCGAAUGUCUGUAACGAGGCGGCUCUUAUUGCUGCGAGACACGAAGGAUCUACUGUUACCAUGGAUCAUUUUGAAGCUGCGAUCGAUCGUGUUAUUGGAGGUCUGGAGAAGAAAAACCUGGUGAUAAGCAAGUUGGAGCGGCGGACAGUUGCGUAUCAUGAGUCUGGCCAUGCGGUGGCUGGAUGGUUUCUAGAACAUGCUGAGCCGUUGCUGAAAGUGACUAUCGUUCCCCGUGGUACAGCUGCUCUUGGAUUCGCUCAGUAUGUUCCGAAUGAAAACCUUCUCAUGACAAAGGAACAGCUCUUUGACAUGACUUGCAUGACCCUCGGUGGCCGUGCAGCCGAGCAGGUAUUGAUCGGGAAAAUCUCGACUGGAGCUCAGAACGACCUGGAGAAGGUGACGAAGAUGACGUAUGCGCAAGUGGCGGUCUAUGGCUUCAGCGACAAGAUCGGGCUGCUCUCGUUCCCUCAGCGGGAAGACGGGUACGACUUCUCCAAGCCUUACAGCAACAAAACCGGGGCAAUGAUCGACGAGGAGGUUCGGGAGUGGGUGAGCAAAGCGUACGAGCGGACAGUGGAGCUGAUCGAGGAGCGCAAGGAGCAAGUGGCUCAGAUCGCGGAGCUCCUGCUCGAGAAAGAAGUCCUUCACCAGGAAGACCUGGUCAAGGUUUUGGGAGAGCGACCCUUCAAGUCGAAUGAGGUGACAAACUACGACCGGUACAAGUCAGGGUUCGAAGAGGCAGAGAAGAAGGGCGAUGAGGCUAAGCCUGCAGAGGACGAUGGUGGUGUGCCGCCACUUGAGCCGCAGGUGGUUCCGACAUAGUCGAACGAUGUCGGAGAGGGUCCAUUGUUACCCAUUGUAAAUUGGUUUUAAACCCAAAAUAAUGUUAAGACACUCCCUUUUAUCUUUCCUUGUUCUUUCUGAAGGAAAGCGGAAAAAAAGAGUUUUUUUUA